CUGCAACUCCCGCGCCCGCCCUCUCUCCGCACAGGCUCAGGCGAACGCGAUAGACAAAGGCGAGAGCGAACGCGCGUGAGCUGCCGAGCGGGAGCACAUGCACCUUCGUGAGGCGAUGGAGGGCGCCAGCGCGGACGCCGGCACCGGGCGCAAGAAGCUGAAGCACCGCCUCGCGGCGAUCCUCUCGGUGUUCUCCCGCCGCGCGGGGGGCGGCGGCAGGAAGCGCCGCGAGAACGAGAACGAGCACGAAGCGAAGCCGCCGCCGGUGGCAUUCCCGUCCUACUCUCGCAUCGGCGGCGGCAAGAAGCCCGGGGGUGGGAUCGUCGACCGCCGGCUGUCCCUCUCCGUGCCGCGCCCCGCGCCGCUGGUCCACAUCACCAUCGACUGCGCGGGGCGGCGCUCCGUCGACGCGGCCGACCCGUCCCUCCUCCCGCUCCCGCCACUCGACGCCGCGGACAGGAAGCCGGAGCGGCGGGCCGCGCCGCCACACAGCGAGGCCGGCGAGUGGGAGGGCCGCAAGUGCCCGCCGUCCUCGCCGUUCGUGGCGCACCUGCCGCCCGUGGCGCGGUGGAAGGAGCGGGCUGGCAGCUCGUCGCGCCGGCUGUCGACGCACUCGUCGCGCCGGCUCGUCAGCAGCUCGUCCUCCGACGACGAGUACGACGAGGACUCGAGGAACCUCUUCUCGUCGCGGAGCUUCUCCUCCGACUCGUCCGACUUCUACAACUGCCCGCGCAAGAACACCCGGGCGCGCGCCUCCGUGUCGGGCCCGUGCCGCGCGCCCCAGGCCCCCGCGCGGCGCGGCGCGUCCCAGAGCUGCCGGUACAGCUUCGAGCUGCCGCGGGGCUCGGCGGCGUCCGCCGCCGCGGACGGCGGGUUCGCGGUGGUGAAGCGGUCGGCGGACCCGUACGAGGACUUCCGCAAGUCGAUGCAGGAGAUGAUCGCCGAGUGGCCGGCGGGCGGCGGCGGCGGGGAGGGGGAGCACAGCGCGGAGCGCCUGCUGGAGACGUACCUCGUGCUCAACUCGCCGCGCCACUACCCUGCGAUCCUCGCGGCGUUCGCCGACGUGCGGGAGGCGCUCUUCCCGUGAGCUCGUGCCGUGUCCCCAGCAGCGAUCGGGCCGGCGCCGGUGCGAUGUCGAUAGGAAUUAACCUUGUCAAACCGAAGUAAUGGCACUAGAAUUGUGCGUCCGCUCUGUUCUACGCGUACGUGCAUCUGGCUCUGUCGUCCUUCGCCUGCUAACCACUGCUCGAUUCGACUCUGUUCUGCAGUCUCUGUACCUGAUGGUAAUCUUUCCUAGUUUCAUUGA